AUGUCAUUCACCAUUACUACUUCCAGCGACGACGACUUCAGCCUCAUCGAAGACAAUAAUCCAGACAAGAUUUACGAGCAGUUUGAUCAAUUGCGCACUAAAUGCCCAGUCGCACAUACCUCCCAGUCCGGGGGCUUUUGGCUUCUGACACGCUAUGACGAUGUGAAGCGUGCUGCCUCCGACACGGAUACCUUUAUCUCCUCUGUGAAAGCAGUUAUUCCAAGCGAUCCACGAGGCAUUCGCCGACCACCACUGAAUACAGACCCACCAGCCCAUACACCUUAUCGCACUGCGCUUGAUCGUACGCUCAAGCCGGCCCGGUUGAAGAGACUUGCUCCAGUACUUGAGAGACAUGCUCAGCGGGAGUUUGAUGCGCUACUGGAGGCCUAUCAUGUGGAGGAUGGAGAUGACGGCGAUAAGCCCCAGGCUAGUCAAAUCGAUAUUUCUGCCCAGUUUGGAGCGUCUUUUGCUGCAUGGGUCGAGGUUGCCACGGCAGCCAAAUGGGUGAGUGCGUGGCGUCAGCAGAACGCCGCCGAGACAAGCACGCAGUCUGCAAGGCUAUACAAUCUUGCAAGGGAAUUGUUUGCAGAUCGAAAGAAGUCAAAACGGGAUCCAGAGUUGGAUCCAGCAUCAUCACUACUGCUCGAAGUGGGGCCAGAUGGAAGGCCGUUGGAUGAUGAGCUUCUUGUUGGUGCUCUACGCCAAUCACUUGUAGUCGGCAUGGUUGCCCCUCCGAUUCUAAUUGGCGAUAUCUGCGCUCAUCUUUCCCGCGACCGAAGUCUACAAGCUCGGCUUCGAGCCGAUCCAGCCCUGAUACCUGCAGCUGUGGAGGAAUUCAUUCGUCUUUAUGUGCCAUAUCGGGGAUUCUGUCGCACUCCAAAACACGAUAUCAACCUCCAUGGCCGUACGAUAGCAACCGGGCAGCCGGUGACCAUGACAUAUGCAGCUGCAAAUCGUGAUCCAGAAGUGUUUGAUAACCCUAACUCCUUUAUCAUCGACCGGGAGAAUAUCAACUCACAUCUUGGUUUCGGGAGGGGGAGACAUCGUUGUGCGGGCAUGCCUCUUGCAAGAAUGGCGCUGCAGAUCGCGCUUCGGGUGAUAUUACAGCGGACAGACGAUUUUGAAGUCAACGGGCCCCUUCAAUACGCGGCCAUGCCGGAGAUGGGUAUCAAAAGUUGCCCGUUGCGUGUAAUUCCAGCACGUUCUUACUGA